CGAGCUCAGAGUGAGCGCGCAGCGGCUGCGAAGACUCCGGCGCGUGCCAGCCAGGCCUCACGCUCGCCUAGUCCGCGUUCCUCCGUGCCCCUCGUCCGCGCCUGCCCGGCGCCUCCCGUCUGCGCACCCAGCCGCCCGCCAGGCCCCCAGCCGCUCUCCAGGCCGCCAGGCCCCGCGCCCGACGCCCAGGACAGGCACGCGCCCCGCAGGCCGCCCGCCGCCCGCGCCGCCAUGGGGGUAGAGGGCUGCACCAAGUGCAUCAAAUACCUGCUCUUCGUCUUCAAUUUCGUCUUCUGGCUGGCGGGAGGUGUGAUACUGGGCGUGGCCCUGUGGCUUCGCCAUGACCCGCAGACCACCAACCUCCUGUAUCUGGAGCUUGGAGACCGGCCCGCCCCCAACACCUUCUAUGUGGGCAUCUACAUCCUUAUUGCCGUGGGUGCUGUGAUGAUGUUCGUUGGGUUCUUGGGCUGCUACGGGGCCAUCCAGGAGUCCCAGUGCCUGCUGGGCACGUUCUUCACCUGCCUGGUGAUCCUCUUUGCCUGUGAGGUGGCUGCCGGCAUCUGGGGUUUUGUCAACAAGGACCAGAUCGCCAAGGACGUGAAGCAGUUCUAUGACCAGGCCUUGCAGCAGGCCAUCGUGGACGACGACGCCAACAACGCCAAGGCCGUGGUGAAGACCUUCCACGAGACGCUUAACUGCUGUGGUUCCAACACGCUGAUGACACUGACCACCUCUGUGCUCAAGAACAGCCUGUGUCCCUCCAGUGGCAACGUUAUCACUAACUUGUUCAAGGAGGACUGCCACGGGAAGAUCGACGAGCUCUUCUCGGGAAAGCUGUACCUCAUUGGCAUCGCGGCCAUCGUGGUCGCUGUGAUCAUGAUCUUCGAGAUGAUCCUGAGCAUGGUGCUCUGCUGUGGCAUUCGGAACAGCUCGGUGUACUGAGGCUGCGGCCGCUGAGGCCUCAGGGAGGGCCUCAGGGACCCCAGCAGCGCCCCCGGAGCGAUCCAGACACUUCCAAGAAGGGGCCGCCACUACCUGUGUAUAUAACCUCCUGGUAUCACUGCUACACUUAUCAGCUUUUUUACUUUUGAGGUUUUGUUCAUGUCCUGAAGCUCCCUGUUAAUUGUCCUUUUGGGGCUGACGUCACCUGUAGGGGGCGUGUGAGUGGGCCGUGGGGACUGCAGGGCAGGGUCCCCCUCUGCUGCUUGGGGGCUCUGCUUGCUCAGCCAGGCCUCUCCUGGGGGCCACCAAGGACCGUCCUGCCGAGCUGCACCCACGCGCCCGUCCCCAUGAGCGACACACACGCUCAGCCUUUUUUUAAUCCUUGUUCCUUUCCGGCCACCUGUCUCUGGAGCCGGGUCUACGAGCAGCCUUAUGCCUUCAACGCGCACCUCUCCUUUCUAACGCGUCACCUUCAAUUGUAAUUACAUCUUGAAAAGUCAUUCAAUAAAGAAGGAAAAACCAGGCAUGCUAA